AUGACGAAACUAUAUGGAGGGAUGUUGCAAGAGACGAGACAAAUAUUGAAUAAGCAUAAAGAAGAAUUAUUAACAAUUAGUGAUAAGCAUAAGGAAGAAUUAUUAAAGCAAAAAGAAGAAUUAUUAAUAAUGAACGAAAAGCAUAAUGAAGU